AUGUUGACACUGGGAACAUGGCACCAGGGACCAGUCUCUGGAAAGAACCAUAUAUAUGGCAAGACAUAUCCUGGUGUACCUGCUGGCAGAUUAUCUGAUGGGCGAGUCUUAACAGAUUUUGUGGCUUCAGCUAUGGGAUUGGAAUCUUCUAUACCUUAUAAUAGGAGAAAUCAAUCAAACAUAAAUUACGGAAUCAAUUUUGCUUUGGAUGGAAGUGGUGUUUUCUCCGCAAAUAAGAAAGAAAACCUGUCGGUUCAGAUCAAGCAUCUGGAGGAGCUUUUAGAAGAAAAAGCAUAUAGUGCAUGGGAUAUUCAAAACUCUCUUGCGCGCACUAGUUUCAACGUCGAGGAGUUUUCUUAUGUGACAAGCUACUACUCAUGUGGGAUCAUCGACAAGAAUGGGGCAAAGAAGUAUGUGAUACGUGAUCAGCCAGAGUCGUCUAUUUUCUGGGAUAUGGUCCAUCCUGCGCAGAAUGGCUGGCAUCAACAUGCCAAGCAAAACUGUCCAGUCUCCUCUACAUUUUACGACAAGUCUUGUCCUAAUGGACAAAGGAUUAUCAGAACUGCCAUCGGAACUGCAAUUGCGAGAGAACAGAGAAUGGCAGUGUCUCUCAUUCGUCUACACUUUCAUGAUUGCUUUGCGCAGGGUUGUGAUGCCUCAAUCUUACUGGACGAGACUUCUGCUAUCCAGAGUGAAAAGACUGCACUAGGCAAUACUAACUCUGCUAGAGGUUAUAAUGUUAUAGAUAAAGCAAAAUCUGAAGUAGAGAAGAUAUGUCCUGGAGUAGUAUCUCGUGCAGACAUCAUUGUGGUUGCGGUGGGUGGUCCAUCUUGGGCAGUGAAGCUGGAAGAAGAGAUUCAAAAACUGCAAGUCGAACUUUAG